AUGGAUAAUGCCAACCUGUGGACUCGUCGAGCAAACUCUUCCAAAUUGUCCCUCUCCAUGUCCGGGACAGACGGCAAGGACGGUGCCCGUGUCGACCUGCCCCGCUCAUCCAAACGUUUCGGCCCUGACAGCUCCCACGGCCGCUCGAAUCCCUUCAACGCCAUAUCUCCCAUGUCCGCGGGUGUUUCCUCCCCGUCCACAAACGCCACCAACGCCUUUGGUCUGGGAUCUGGCGCCUUUGCCUCCUUCGGCGCUCCCAAGACCCCCGGCGGGAGUACUGCAGAUGUGAAGACCCCGGAGGAGAGAAACGAGAUAUCCGGGGCCGUGUCCGGUGGUGGUGGUCCUGGCGAACACCCGCUCAAGUCGACCUGGAUCGUCUGGUAUCGACCUCCUACACCCAAGUACUCCGACUACGAGAAAUCUACGGUACCACUCGCGUCGAUAUCGUCGGUGGAGAGUUUUUGGGGCACUUAUUCGCAUCUUAAGCGGCCUUCUCUUCUUCCGACGGUGUCGGAUUACCACAUCUUCAAGAAGGGCAUUCGUCCGGUGUGGGAAGAUGAGGCUAACAAGCGGGGUGGCAAGUGGAUUGUUCGAUUGAAGAAGGGUGUCGCUGAUCGGUAUUGGGAGGAUUUGCUAAUGGCGAUGGUUGGUGAUCAGUUUGCAGAAGCCGGAGAUGAAGUCUGCGGUGCUGUGCUGAGUGUUCGCGGUGGCGAGGACGUCUUGAGUGUCUGGACACGAAAUGACGGUGGGCGGAACAUCAAGAUUAGAGAAACCAUCAAGCGACUGCUUGCAUUCCCUCUGGACACCAACAUAUUCUGGAAGAGCCACGACGAUAGUAUCGCCCAACGCUCCGCCAUUGACCAGGCACGCCAUGAAAAGUCAACUGCAACCGGAUCCACCCCUACCGGGCACCUAGGAACCGAACGACGACGCAACACCGGCCACGACGACUCGGACAAAGUCAAGGGCGUCACUCUGUCAUGA